UUUUAUUUAUUUACCUCCAGUAUUUUAUUUUUUUUAAUAUUUUUGUGUCCGUAUUUUUUUUUUAUUUUUGCAUGCUUUUAAAAUCUUCUUCCGCUUUUUUUUGUACUUUUACUGUAUUAACUAAUUUUUUACUAAUUUAUUUCCUUUCAGGUAUAUAAUAAAUAUACCUUUUUUAAUACAUUCCAAAGCAGAAUUAUUUUUUAAAAUUUAUUUAAAAAAUAUUUUUAAAAAAUUUUCCAAUGCUUCAUAAAAUGUUAAAUCAACAAGAAGACGAACAAUCUUCUAUUGCUUCUUUCAACAGAAAAAUAAAAACAACAGAAAAUACAAUUUUUAACGACCACCUACAACAACAACAACCAAACAAAAAUCCAAAACCUUUAAAUACAACAAAAACAACACCAAAAAUUGUUUCGGCAUCAUUCCCCUUAUUAUUCUUAUUCACCAUACUAGUAGUUGUAGUAAUUUUGCCAUCAUUAACAAAUUGUUCGUCGUUGGAAUCUUCUUUUGAAGGGGCACCUAGUAGAAUUAUUGGUUAUCCUUUUAUUUCGUUUGAAGAAAAUAAUAGAGGAGGAGGAGGAGGAAGUUUUGAGGACCCAAAUAAUAAUUAUGAUGAUAUUAUUGAAAAUAAAAAGAAAACACAAAGACAACGACGACUUUUACAACAAUUAGUAGCUAAUGAAUUGGCUACAACGGAAGGAGAUAAUGAUCCUACUUAUGGACAAACUUUUCGUGGAGCGAAGAGAACUAAAGGUGAAAAAGAGUUACUGAUUAUUUUGUCAAGAUUAAUUGUUAAAUAG